AUGAUGCAAAUGUUGAAAUUCAACAAAUGGUUACCAACAUCAUUGAACCUCAGGUUUGCAGCUGCAUCACCUUUGUCUGCAUUGCACCAUCCCUUCAUCCAUCGUUAUAGUAGUACGACGUCUUCAUCCUCUUCAUCAUCAUCAUCAUCAUCAUCAUCAUCAUCAUCAUCAUCAUCAUCACCAAUCAACAAGUACUAUAGUAGAAAUCAACUUGUAGAUGACAUUAAAACAUUGAGGAAUGAUAUCAACAAGUAUAACGACUUGUACUACAACAAAUCAGAGACUGUCAUAUCAGACUUUGAAUAUGACAUGUUGUUCAAAAAGCUAGAAACUUUAGAACAAUUGUAUGAAUCACAGUACUCUGGAAGUACAGACUUGUCGGCUAGUGGUAGUGGUAGUACAACACCAAUCAAUCAAGUAGGAGCACCUAUUGCAACGGCAGGCAAUGAAAGAGGUGAAAAGGUUAAACAUAUAGUUAGAAUGUUAUCACUUGACAAUACCUAUUCAAAAGAAGAUUUAAUGGCAUUUGAAUCAAGAGUAUUGGGUAAUCUAUCAAAGAGUAGUAGUGGUAUUUCAAACAACAACAAUAAUAAUAAUUUAGAAUUUAGUUGUGAAUUGAAAUAUGAUGGUAUUGGAUUAUCAAUAGUUUACGAUUCAUUUGGUAAAUUGGAAAGAAUUGCAACAAGAGGUGAUGGAGAUAUUGGUGAAAUUAUAACAACCAAUGCAUUAUAUUAUAUUCCAUCAUUACCAAAACAAAUAUCUACUUCUCAUUUGGUCAACAACAACAACAAUCUUACACUUGGUCAAAACGACAAGAUCGAAGUAAGAGGUGAAGUUGUAUUUAAAAAGAGCCAACUUGAAAAGUUAAAUACUUGGAGAUCAAUGAAUGACGAGGUUGAAUACAAGAAUACAAGAAAUAUAGUAUCUGGUAAACUUCGAUCUAUUCUAGACCCAAAACAAGAAGAAUUGGAUAAUCCUUUUGGUAUUGAAUUUGAUUUUAUAUCAUAUCAAUUAUUUAUUCAUCAAAAUCAAAAUAAUCAAAUUAAUAAUAAUCAAAAUAAUAAUAAUCAAAAUAAUAAUAAUACUAAUACACAUAAUAAUAAUAUUAUAUUACUUGAAAAGAUUGGAUUUAAUAUUGAUAGAAAUGCUAUAUUGGUUGGAUCAUUGUCACAGAGAGAUUCAUCAAGAUUGGAAGAAUUUAUUAAAAUGUGGUCUGGAGAGAAAAGAGAAUCUUUUGAUUGGGAUAUCGAUGGGAUUGUGGUCAAGGUUAAUUCGUUGGAGAAACAAGCUAUACUGGGACAGGCUAAUCGGUCGCCGAGAUGGGCUGUCGCCUACAAGUUUGGUGCAAGAAGUAUGCCGACGGUGGUAAAGAGUAUCCAACUGCAGAUUGGUCGGUCUGGUAAAGUGACACCCGUGGCAGAGGUGGAACCCGUCGAUAUCCACGGUGUCACCGUUUCGCGAGCCACACUCAACAAUCUACUGUUUAUUCAGAAACUUGGUGUUCGUACAGGAUCGCGUGUAUUGGUUGAACGAGCUGGCGACGUCAUUCCCAAGAUCAUCCAAUCACUCGAUGCAAAAGAACCAAUGACCAAGAAAGAGUUACUUGAUAUGUUUGAUCGGUGUCCUACAUCCGCCACCGAUGGCGACUCACUCAAAUGUCCGUGUGCACUAGGAUCACCGUUGUCUCAGCCAGAUGGGUAUCAAGACUACUACUGCUUUGAGAGUAACUGUCCUAACCAGCGACUCCAGAGUAUCAGUUGGUAUGUCAGCAAGGACGGCAUGAAUAUGACGGGGAUCGGACCGUCGCAGAUCAAAGUGUUGCUCGAGUAUGGCUUGAUACAGGAUAUCGGCGAUUUGUACAGUCUUGCCGACAAAAAGGAUCAACUCUUAAAGCUACGUGGAUUCAGCGACAAAAAAGUCGCCAACAUGAUAGAGUCGGUUGAGAAGAGCAAAAAGGAGAAUCUUGCACACCUCUUCUGCGCGCUCGGUAUACCGGGUGUUGGCAAAGCCAGCUGCAAGUGGCUGGCCGAGCGAUUCACCACGAUCGAGUCACUAGCCACCGCAUCCCUUCAAGACAUUGAAGUUGUUGGUGAUCUCGGUCCAAACAUUUCAACCAACAUUUAUUACUAUUUCCAUCCAACUGAUCAACAAUCAAAAGACGGAAUCGAAAAAUUAUUAUCAAUCAUUCAAAAACAUAAUGUUUAUGAUAGUCAAUCACAAAAUAGAAAUCAAAAUAGAUCAGAUGAAAAGAAGAAUAGUUCAACAACAACUUUACAACAAUCGAGUAUAUUUAAAGACAAGAAUGUGGUAGUGACAGGUAAAUUCAAAAACAUGACAAGAGAGGAAAUCCAAGACAUUGUGCAACACAAUUUUGGAGGAAUCAUUCAAAGUCAGAUUCGAAAGAAUACCAAUUAUUUAUUAAUGGGUCAAGAUGCAGGUAGUAGUAAAAUAACAAAAGCUGAACAAAAUGGAACAACUAUUAUUACAGAGAAUGAAUUUGAUGAUCUAUACAAAUUAAUCCAAAAAUAG